AUGGCUGACACUCGUGGCGUCUUAGAUGAAGCCCGUCCGACCUGUAAGCGAUGCGAAAAGGCCGGAUACGCAUGCGCUGGAUAUGAGAGGAAGCUGGAGAUGCGUUUCCAUACCUUUGCAGACCAGGCGGAUCCGGCGAUAUCAGCGUCAACAAAGACCAGCAAAGACCCUCCCCUAACAACGGGAGGUGUUCCCGAAAAUCUUGUACUCAAGUCCAAUGACAGUCUGGGGAGCUCCAGUUCCAUGCCUCGGGAGUUGAGCUUUGUGGCAUUCAGAGACAAUAUCCAGUUCUCCUAUCUCUUUGACAAUUUCGUGUGGAGCAGCUAUGGCUCUCCAUGGCUCCAGAUGUCGGCAGAGGGAAAGCUCGAUGCGUUGUCGCUGGAGGCUUGUCGAGCGUUUUCCCUCAGCAUUUUCGGGAGGCACCAUCGACAAGCCGAGAUAGAAGUAAGCGGCGCCAUACAUUACGACAAGACAGUGCGAGCCCUAUCAUCUCGACUGUCGAAUGUGGGGGCGCCCGGUAGUGAGAAUCUGAUCGUACCUAUCAUGAUCCUUCUCAUGCACUCCUCGAGUACCCCGGAUGCCCAGGCUUCUGCAUUCCACAUCCAAGGGCUGCUGAAACUCAUUCAAAUAUGCGGUCCAGAGAGAUUCGCCGCCGGUCCUUUGAGAUUUGCCUUCGAAUCAUGCCGGGCAACGCUGGUCACGGUCUCGCUGAUCACCAGGACCAGAAGCUUUUUGGAGCAACCCGAGUGGCUGAGCGAACCAUGGGCCAUGUGCGGCGAGUACAACAAAAACCCGCAGAACCGCCUCGUCGACAUCCUGGUCCAUAUCCCGGGUUUUCUGCAAGACCAAGCGCAGCUGGAGCAGGCUCCCUCGGAACACUUUCGGCUCGAACUCAUCCGGCGCAUUGAGUAUCAGAUCGCCAGAGCCCACAAUUGGCGGUGGCAGUGGGAAGAAAUGAACCCGACCGUCGCGUGGGAGGUGGAUCCAGAAACGCUCCCUCCCGAUCAAAUCCUCACCCAGCCCCGGCCGGUCAGGAAGGUGCUGGUUUUCUCCUCCUUUACAAAGGCCACGGAGCUGUCCCUGUACAACGCCAUCCUCGUGUUCCUCCUGGGCCUGUUGUGGACGCUGAAACCGCCAGACAACGACUCGCCCUCGCCCGCCCGUCAGUCGCAGUCGCAAUCACAGUCGCAGUCGCAUUCGUCCUCGGCCCUCUUCCUGCCCGGCGACGUCGACUCCCUAGUCGAGCCGGCCAUCGAGAUCUGCCGCGCCUUCGAGUUUCAGCUCCUGGCCGUCAAGAGCUGUCGCGACUCGGCCCUGUUUUGGUUGUUCCCGUUGGGGCUCGCAAGCAAGGCCCUCGAAGACAAAAUCGACUAUCUGGCGUGGAUCAAGAGCAUGCUCGACGCUUCACAGGUCACGAGGGGCUAUGGCACGGGGGCAAACACUUACGGCUUCGGUUUCUACAGGCUGCCCAAAAUUCGGAGGAAGAGGUCCAACGAACAUCCAAUGAUUCAACCGCCUUACGACUCGGAUUCGGUCAGGCAAUUCUCAGAAGGCUCAUCUUCACCCGAGCAAUUCGUUUGA